UCAAGCAUUUUCAUAUCCCAAUUGGACGGUCUUCUGUUUUUUUUUUCUUUUCUUUUUUGUAAACUUGCGCCGUUGGUGGCACUGCACUGGAAUUUUCGGGAAUCGCAGUUGGCCGUCGUCGAGCAGCUGAUAUUUUAAAUAAAUCGUGAAAAGUUGGGAACAAAGAACGUUCGCAAAAUUUUUUGUCAUCAGUCAAGAAUCGUCAUCCAAGAUUUGAACAAAAAUUCGCACAUCCUGUGACCAGCAUCCAACGCAGAAACCGUUAAAAAGGCAAACGCACAAAAGGCACAAUCAAAGAUGGCAGAUGAAGAUAUCCAAAUCACCUAUCUCAAGAACGCUCUGGAAGGAUGGAAGGAAAUCAUAUUGCCAUUGGACUCAAUCAUGCAUUGGGAAAAGCACUGGCAUCCUUUCAGCAUUGUUGGAAGCAGUACCAUGUUUUUCUUGAUGGUCUGGUUGAUGGAUCCAAGUGUGCUGACCACUAUUGCCCUGGUUGGAUUGACCUGCACAAUAAGUGAUUAUUUUGUUCCGAUAUUGGUCUCUUCUCUCCUGAAAUCUGAUCAAUGGACUGACAAGCAGGAAGAUAAGUUUGACAAGAUCUGCAGAUCAUUGAUCAUCUCCAAAGAGAAGUUUUCCAUAACUUAUCGUUCAUACAUCCUCUUGAGAUCAACUAGACCAAAGAUGUUCUAUGGAUUAACAUUGGUCAGUCUGAUGAUUUGCGCGUGGAUUGGAAACAUCAUCCACAAUCUGCUCUUAAUCUACAUGGUGGUGACAUUCCUGUUCUUGGUGCCUGGAAUGGAGAAGAGAGGAAUCUUGCAGAAGUACGGCUGCAUCAUUACCGACAAGAUAGCCGACCUUGCGACCAAUGCCAAGAUGAAUGUGUCCGAUUUGAAGAAGGAGAAGUAAAUACUUUGUUUUUUUUUUUAAAUUAAUGCAAAGGCGUACCAAGAAAACUAGAUCUGGAAUUUACGAUUCGAACCUAGAGUAGUUAUUCUCCUUCUUCUAUUUAGAUUGCAUACACAUAUACAUCUUUCACUAUUAAUAUUAUUAUUAUAUUUUUUUUUUAAUCUGAAAAAUUUGUUAGCUUUAGGUUCAUAUUAUUUAUUUUUUUUAUUUCGUGCAUGAUUUUCGUUAUACGAUUAAACCAUUUUCAUAAUCGAAACGUAAUUUUAAUACUGCGUUUGCGUACAAAAUAAUUGAAAUUAUUUGUACACCAGUUUUCAUAUUCAGCGGAAUAUUAGACUGAAAUAUUGUUCAUUAUUCUUAAAGUAUUCAUUUUAUAUACGUUAUUUUUUCCCUCCCCCAGAUAUAUCUUCUAGUUGCUCAAACAACAUUGUUUUUAAAGAAAAAAAUUGUAUCGUAAUCCUCCACUAUUUUAUAUGUACGUAAGAAUUUGUAUAUGUGAUAUAAAACAAAAUAUAUUUUUUGAAAAUGUAA